UUUCAUAAGGCCGCGGAGUUUCCGCGUCCUAUGACUGUAGUCAGGUGGUUGGGGGUUUCCCUUUUCCCUCCUUCUGUCUCACUUCACCUUUCUCCGCUCGCCUCCUUGCCCGCCUGGGCCGGCCCGGGGGGGAGCCGGCUGGGGAAAGUUGGCGGCUGGAAAAGUUUAGAGGCGGGAGAGCCUCGGUCCCGGUCCCGGCUUCCCCGCGGCGUCUCCGCCGGGUCCCGCUGCGCUGCGCUCCGCUCCGCGGGAAGGCCGAGGAUGGCCGGCGGGGAAGGAGCGGGCUCCGGCGUGCCGGAGUGCCGGGAGCAUCUUUUCAAGGUGCUGGUGAUCGGGGAGCUGGGCGUGGGUAAAACCAGCAUUAUCAAGCGGUACGUGCACCAGCUCUUCUCCCAGCACUACCGGGCCACCAUCGGGGUGGAUUUUGCGCUCAAAGUUAUAAACUGGGACAACAAGACCUUAGUGCGGCUGCAGCUCUGGGAUAUAGCAGGUCAGGAGCGCUUUGGAAAUAUGACCAGAGUAUACUACAAAGAGGCAGUUGGUGCUUUUGUGGUCUUUGAUGUCACAAGAGGCUCCACUUUCGAGGCUGUUUCAAAGUGGAAGCAUGAUUUGGACAGUAAAGUAUUGCUUCCCAAUGGCAACCCCAUCCCUGCUGUUCUUCUUGCAAACAAGUGUGACCAAAAGAAGGAUAGCAGCCAUAAUCCCUCUCAAAUGGACCAGUUCUGCAGAGAAGGUGGCUUUGUUGGAUGGUUUGAAACAUCUGCCAGGGACAACAUCAACAUAGAUGAAGCAGCUCGAUUCUUGGUGGAAAACAUACUUGCCAACUACAAAACCUUUCCUAAUGAAGAGAAUGAUGUGGGAAAACCAAAAUUAGAUCUAGACCCAUUGAAAGCAGAGAGUAAAUCACAGUGCUGCUAAUGCUGCCGCUGUUGGGUAAAUGGAAUGGGAUGAGUGACAGGACUGUUCCUUAAACUGCUGCUAUGGUGCUGCGUUGUGACAAUCCAUAUUGGGUGUCUGGUAUUAUCUGAAUAGGUGAUUCUUGUGGCUGUUUACAUAUUCUUGUUUAGCAUGAAACUGAGCAUCUUAGGAGUUAUCACUACUUCUGUGAGUGGCUACUAAAUCUGAUUAGUGUCUUCUUUCUUGAGAACAUAAGGUAGGUUUACACUCCUGAAAAGGAACCAAGACAACAUUCAGUGCCUAGUUUGCCUUUAGGACAUAUGCUACAUUCUAAAUACAACUUGGUCAUCAUGGUUUUAGCUGAACAGAGGCUGGCACCUUUACACUCUCUCACCUGUAAUGUCCCACUUGAGUCUGCUCACCCACACACUUCUAUGUAUUAUCCCCUACCAUGAGGGUCUGUCUUGUUGCUAGUUCUCAUGGAUCAGGAUGUCGCAGAAAUCCUGAAGGGUCCAGUGAAGGAUGGGGGAGGUAUCUUUCGUAGUGCCCCUUAGGUCUGAGUUAAAGGAAUGGCUUUUACCACUGAGUAAGAAAAGAUGGGUAAAUGGUUGUACUUAACAGGGGAAUUACAUGGUUAUAGAUAUAAAAAUGCAUCUCCAGCAUUCAUGUUUAAGGCAGAAUAUAUUUAGUUAAUACUGUACAUAUGAAACACAUUAAUGGAUGCAGUUGUGCUGAUGGCACAUAGUUAUGGUAACCUCACUCACAUAGGCAUUCAGUAACUCUUUCAUUACUAACACUGAAACCUUUACCAAAAGUGCAAAGAGUAAAUAUCUUGCUGUGCUGUGAUAAUGAACUUGCUGCCUUUUCCUUCUAUUGGAAGAUCUCUCUGAGUCCUGUGAAGGAGAGAGGUCUUGAAGGAAAUAGCUUAACUGGUUCUUGCUAGCCUAUCAACCCUCCCACCUCUACCUGUCCCCCUCCUCCUCAACCUCUGUCUUUUUUUCAGUUUUAGAACAGUGUUGUGUCUUCUGACUACUCGUAACUGGUUUGUAACUCUGUACUGAGGUGCUUGUGUUUCCUUGUUGUAACUCCAAUGUGUUUUUGGUGGCAAAUGAUGGUCAAAAGGAUUAGAGAGAUUUCAUCCUCCUUGAAUACAUUCUGAACUCUGCCUCUGCUUGUCUGAGAGACCUUGAAGCUCAUCCUUAUUUUAAUGGUUUCUUCUCUCCUGGUACCUCGUUGCUACUGACUUCAGAAGUUGUAUCUUGCUUGAUCCGAUGGUGUGAAGUGUGUGCUGGAUCGGAUACACUUUAAUCUGUAUCGAGAUUUCCUGGACUGUUUUUUCUGAAGAGUAACAUACUUUUUAAGAGACAAAUAAAUAUAUUUCGGCA